AGGGUUCUCCUAUCUCGAUCGCAUUCACGGGAACAUAAUUUGUUGGCUGCAUUUGAGAAAUUUUGUAUCGAGCAGUCAUGGAUCGUGGUGGAGAGAAGAGAAAGAUAGACUAUCCAAAUUCAAAUGGUAUUAAACGUACGAAAUCUGACGAACAGAAACCCAGUGGAUUCGAACGUGAAUUAGCGAAAUUUGGUCCCACGGAAAGUCGGACAUCAAAGUGGCGUAGACCUCCUUUACCCGCCUUGGACAUCUCAAAAGAUGCCUUGAUAUUUCAACAGCUUGACUUAGACCAUUAUAUUGGUCAACAUUUUCCAGGAAUGCCAGGGUCUGCUGUAGGCCCCGUCCCUAUUGUGCGUGCAUAUGGCAUUACCAUGGAAGGAAACAGUGUCUUGUGUCACAUCCAUGGCUUUGUACCAUAUUUCUUUAUACCAGCACCUUCCAACAUGAAGAAAGAUGAUUGUCAUGCAUUUAAAGAGGUGCUCAAUAAAGCUGUGAUUGCAGAUAUGAGGUCAAACAGAGAUAAUGUUGUUCAGGCAGUGCUUGCUGUCGAUCAUCACACAAAGGAAAGCAUUUAUGGUUACCAUGAAAACAGAAAGAUACCAUUUCUCCAGAUAACUAUGUCAUUGCCAAAGUUAAUUGCACCUGCAAAACGAAUUUUGGAAUCUGGCAUUCGAUAUAACAUUGAACCUGAAAGAGCUUAUACAACAUAUGAAAGCAAUAUUGAAUAUGAGAUUCGUUUUAUGGUUGAUACUGGCGUGGUUGGCUGUAACUGGAUCGAACUACCAGCUGGUAAAUAUCUCAUGAGGAAAGAGAAUCAGAAAACUUCAAGGUGUCAGUUGGAAGUUGAUAUUGCUUGGGAUGAGUUUAUUAGUCACCCUUGUGAAGGAGAAUGGCAAAAGAUCGCUCCAAUUCGAAUUCUGAGUUUCGACAUUGAAUGUGCUGGGCGCAAGGGAAUCUUCCCAGAACCAGAAAGGGACUCGGUCAUUCAGAUUGCUAACAUGGUUAUUCGUCAGGGUGAGAAAGAUCCAUUCAUUAGAAACGUUUUUACCCUCAACACAUGCGCGUCAAUAAUUGGAUCGGAUGUGAAAUCUUUUAAAAACGAGAAUGAUUUACUUCAGGGAUGGUCGAACUUCUUGUGCGAUGCGGAUCCUGACGUCAUCACUGGCUACAAUAUCGUUAACUUUGAUCUACCUUACUUGCUCAACCGCGCAAUUGCGUUGAAAGUGCUGAAAUUCCCAUACUUAGGCCGGAUCAAGGAAGAUAAAAGCACCGUGUCUUCAACAACAUUUCAGUCCCGCGCCUACGGAAAAAGGGAAAACAAAGUUAUCAAUAUCACUGGUCGGGUACAGUUUGACUUGCUGCAUAUUUUGCUCCGAGACUAUAAACUUCGAUCCUACACAUUGAAUUCAGUUAGUUAUCAUUUCUUACAAGAACAAAAAGAGGAUGUUCCGCAUUCCAUCAUCACUGAUUUACAUAAAGGUACUGACCAGACUCGUCGUCGGUUGGCAGUAUACUGCCUUAAGGAUGCCUUAUUGCCAUUACGUCUACUAGAGAAGCUCAUGUGCGUUAUAAACUACAUGGAAAUGUCUCGAGUGACGGGCGUUCCUUUCAGUUACCUGUUAUCCAGGGGACAGCAGAUUAAGGUUAUUUCUCAGCUUCUUAGGAAGGCACAAACGCAAGAUUUGGUCAUCCCUGCCCAAAGGAUUGAUCCAGGUGAUGAAUACACUGGUGCUACUGUAAUCGAACCUGUAAAAGGGUACUAUGACUCCCCAAUUGCCACUCUGGAUUUUUCGUCAUUGUAUCCGUCUAUCAUGAUGGCUCACAACUUGUGUUACACAACGCUGCUUACAGAAAAAGGCGCCAAAGAACUUGCUCCUGAUGAAUAUAUAAAGACACCAUGCGGUUCAUAUUUUAUUAAAUCGACGAAAAGGAAGGGAAUAUUGCCAGAGAUUUUGGAAGAUCUAUUGAGUGCGAGAAAGAAAGCAAAAACGGACUUAAAGAACGAAACAGACCCUUUUCGCAAGAAGGUACUCGAUGGUCGACAGUUGGCCCUAAAAGUUAGCGCUAACUCCGUAUACGGCUUCACUGGUGCUCAAGUUGGAAAGCUACCCUGUCUUGAAAUCUCCUCGAGCGUAACUGCAUUUGGGAGGAUGAUGAUUGAGAAGACUAAGGAACUUGUUGAAGAAAAAUACAGAAUAGUAAAUGGAUAUAAACACGAUGCGCAGGUUAUAUAUGGCGACACGGAUUCUGUUAUGGUAAAGUUUGGUACAGAUACCGUUGGGGCAAGCAUGGAACUUGGAAAAGAAGCUGCUUCUUACGUCACCUCACAUUUUAUUCAACCUAUUAAACUGGAGUUUGAAAAGGUUUAUUUUCCGUACCUUUUGAUCAGCAAGAAACGGUAUGCAGGAUUGUACUUCACGAAACCCGAAAUUCACGAUAAAAUGGAUUGCAAAGGAAUAGAAACGGUUCGUCGAGAUAAUGCUCCAUUAGUUGCCAGCCUUAUCAAUAGUUGUCUGCAAAAAAUCCUCAUUGAUAGAGACCCUCAAGGAGCAAUCGAAUACACGAAACAGGUUAUAUCCGACCUAUUGUGCAACAGAAUAGAUAUAUCACAGUUAGUAAUUACGAAAGAACUAACAAAGACGGGAGACGAGUAUUCCGGAAAGCAAGCUCAUUCAGAAUUGGCUGAAAGGAUGAAGAAAAGAGAUGCGGGAUCCGCCCCUAAAUUAGGCGAUCGUGUCCCAUACGUCAUCAUCGCAGGGGCAAAAGGAAUGGCUGCGUACCAGAAGGCGGAGGAUCCUAUUUAUGUACUAGAAAAUAAUAUCCCUAUCGAUACAACUUAUUAUUUGGAAAACCAACUGACAAAUCCUCUGAUGAGAAUAUUUGAACCAAUCCUUGGUGAAGAUAAAGCGAAGUCUGUGUUAUUUAAGGGAGAACAUACAAGAACAAAAACUGUCGUUACGUCAACGAUUGGAAAGUUGGCGAACUUCGCUAAGAAACGUAGUACUUGCAUUGGUUGUAAAUCAGUGCUUCCCGAUGACCGUGCUGUGUGUAAUCACUGCAAGCCGCAGGAGUCUAUGUUUUAUCAGAAAGAAAUCGCCAGUUUAAAUUACUUAGAAGAGAAAUUUUCCCGUCUAUGGACGCAGUGCCAGGAAUGUCAGGGCAGCCUUCAUCAUGACGUGUUAUGUACAAGUCGUGAUUGUCCCAUAUUUUACAUGAGGAAGAAAACCAAAAAAGAUCUUGCCGAUCAAGACAAAGUUGUGGCAAGAUUUGGGAAUUAUUCAUGGUGAAUCUGCCUGGCGAUCAGAUCAUGUUGUUAUUAGCAUUGUAGUUAACCUUUGGGUAUGUUCCCGGAAGUAGCUGGAGCUCUGCCAUUUCCCAAUCGAACAGGGUACUGGAUCUAGUCACCAACCGCAAAGCAUCAAUGGACUGUUUGGAGGGACUGGAAAUAUAAGUCUUAAGUUUUUGUCCCUCCAGACAGUCAUAGAUGCUUUCCGGUUCGCGGCUAGACCCAAUAUCCUGCUCGACUGGCAAAUGGCUAAUAGGAAAUGAAUGCGAUUUUGUAAAUAUUGCAUGUAGCCGUUUGAUUUUACGCCUUUAUAUGUUCUUCUGAAACAUUAAUAUUAUACCUUACAUAUUAUAUAUGUCUGGUGAACAUGUCUGGAAAUGUUAUUUUUCCUAAGCGGAAGACAAUUCAAUACUUCAUCGUUUAACAAAACCUGUGUUCCUUUUGUAAUAUAAUCUGUGACAAUGAGUUAUUUUGAAAUUAUCAUGGGAGAAACUUAACCUGAAUUUAAAACACUUUAAUUUCCUGUAUUACAUGUAGCAAUUCUCAGCUUAUGCUGAUGUAUAUAUGGAACAGAAAUUAUAAUUUAUAAAACAGUUUCCAUUAUUAAGAAUAUAGCAACUCAAACUAGUAAAUUUGAUAGUCGUGUAUAUACUGACUUAUAGCUAAGAAGUUCAAAAUAUUGCAAUUUUUGCAUGUUCUCGAGGAUUUUGGGUUGAAUAUUUCAUCUAAUUUUAAUAAAUGUGGAAAAAUAAUUCAGAUAGAAACAUUGCUAAUCCAGUCGAAAUGUUGAGCUAUCAAGCCUAUCCAUGAAGCGAGAGUAUUUUUCGUCUGCAUCAAGUUUCGAUAAUCCGAUAUCUGUAAAGAGUUAAAUGUAGAAAUUCUCUCAGAAUGAAAGUAAACAUGGCCUGUUGUCAA